ACUGAAGAUUGAUAUACGAGCUCUAUCCUGUUGAUUUUGGGACUUGAAUGAGAAAGUGAGGUUCUUACAUUGGGUUUCAAUUCCAAACGAAGAAUCUUCACUUUUGGGCAAACAUUGAGAUUCGGACCACUGUUCACUUUGCGGUUCUGAAACUCGACUUUCCUCAGGUCUGCUCCACCUUUCUUGGACUCUUGGGCAUAUUUUAAAGGUGUUCCACUCCAUCUUGUUGGCUUCCUGAAUUUGUUUUACGUGGAUUGAACUCUCUGAACAUUGGCUUUUUCCCAUUGUGCUGCUGUUUUUGGUCUUUUCCUGAACUGGUUUUUUUGUGUUAGCUUCUGGUCUGUUUUGGUUGCGUGGUGCUAGUGCUUUUGUCUGUUGUUAUGGGGAACAAAGGUAAGAGGAACACUAAAAAAAAGAACCAACAAAACAGCACCAACUUUGUCUUUGAUGGAACGCCAAUUAGUGAUGGGAAAAAUUGCAAGUCUCCUGCCAUUGCUUCUGUUGAUGGUUCAGGCAGUGGUAAACAACUUCUUUCUUGUCUACCCACUGUCAGUUACGUUAGACAUGCUGGUGAUGGGUUAACUCCUGGUAAUGAACCUACUGCCAAUGAGGAACACAUUGAUAGUGAACAAACUGCUGAUUCUUCCUUAACUGCUGUUAGCGUUACUUUGCCCUCCUUUGACACUUUGGACACUGAGGACAGGUCCUUAUCUGCUGGACGGGGACCUAAAACAGUGGCAUCAAAGAAAGGGAAGGCUCAACGUAAUGCUACUCAGGCUGAGAACUCUGAGUGUUCAUCUUCCAUGCAUCCGGUAAUGCCCAGACCCCCACCAAAGAGUGAACCACACCCAAAUACCAACGUGCCCCUGUCAACCCAACCAACAUCCUCUUCUGCGUUUAGAGAGAACCGAAGCCCAGCUGAGGGUAUUCCCUUAAACAAAGUGGAUGUGGGCGAAAUGGUUGUCAUCCCAUAUGAGGGAUAUACUUCAUUAGAGGAUGAUUGGGGCUUUUGCUUGGUGGGCUGUUUCACUGGCCGGUUCCCGGGUAUCAAAGCUAUUGAAGGACUCAUUUCUUCAUGGCAUGUACAGUGCAAACUCCUUCCCCACGAAAGAGGGUGGGUAAUCUUCCAGUUUCUUUGUGAUGAAGACCGAAUGAUGGUUCUCCAUAAUGGGCCUUACAUGCUCUUUGGUAAGACCCUUUUACUUCGCAUUCUUCCGGAGGGAUUUCGCUUUAAUUUUGAUGCUUUUAUGACGGUUGACAUUUGGGUCAAGUUUAUUGAUGUACCUUUGCAAUGCUGGAAUAAAGUUGCUUUUGAUUGCUUGGGGUCUAGGGUGGGAACCCCCUUGUGCACUGACCAAGGAACAAAGAGAAGGGGGAGGGUGAGUUUUUGUAGAAUGUUGAUCAAACUUGACAUGUCGAAAGAACUCCCCUUGUCCUUUGAGGUUUGUCUUCCUGAUGGGGACAAGUAUAUCCAAAAAGUUGUGUAUGAAGGCCUCCCAAAAUAUUGCUACCAUUGCACAAAGUUUGGACACAACCAAUUGGAUUGUAGGGUUCUCCGUGCCCUACACCUCAAGAAAAAUGGAGAAUUUGUUGGCAAAGCUACUAAGGACACUAAAAGCAAGGCUAGGCCGACUAAUGAGGGGGUUAAAACCACAACUUCUCGUGGCCAAAACCCCAAAAGAGCUAGGAGAAGGAGGGCUAGGAAGCACAACACUGGUGAAGGCAGUGAGGCCAUUCACAGCGUUGCUGCCAUGCCUAAACCAGUAGCCCGGGCCCUUCCUUCGACUCAGGCAGCCAAGACAGAUGUGGUGGAAAAGAUGGGCAAUGAGGGAGUCCAAACUGAACCCACUGCCACCUUGUUGGCAGCAGGUACUGACCAGGUUCCUGAAGCUAAACGGAAGAAGAAAAAGAAAACUUCGAAAGGUGAACAGCCUAUUGUUGAAGGUACUCUUAAGGGGGCUGAUCCUCCUGGUGACCAGUGUACCCAACUGUCCUCUUCUGUUGAGGCCAUACUUGAUGUGGGUGGUGACUCUGCUUCUACCUCCACGGUGCCGAAGGACCAUGAUGAUUCUACCUCAAGCAAACCUUCAUUGGAUAACGCUGUGGGUAAAAACCGUGCUAAGUCUUCCACCAAAACCACAAAAAAACCGCAGUCAGACGCUAAAGAGACUGUGGACAAGGCUAACCCUUCAUGCCAUGAACUCAAGCACAAAGGGGACCCGGCACCUCCAAAAACCGGGGAUAAGGCUGGUGAUGUUGUAGUUGAUGAAUGUCCCUCAACGGAGAAUGAUAACAGCUCCUCAUUCACCUCAACCAAGACAUUGUGGCAAGCUAAACAAGAGCAAGAGCGGGAAGAGUGGUAUGAUCGUCUUCUUAAAGCAGCCAUGCUUAGAGUGGACCGAAAUGAUCCCAAACGCCCAAAGCUCGCUCCAGAUAAGCUGAGACAACUGAUUGUGAGCAACCCAAGUGAGAUACGAGAUGCUUAUGGCGAAUCCGUGGACUUGGACGUGCUCUACAGACUGAGGCGUGCAGCUGAACGGCGAAAGUAGUUUACUUCUGUAUUGCUCUUCCUUUCUUGUAUGGCACGACAUGCCUUUGAUUUAUCGGGGUAUGUCCCGAUGCAUUGUAUGAAUAUUCUGUAUAUGUGUACUUUGUAUUGACUCUUGGAUUAAUAAUUUACAUGUUAUCCU